ACCCAUCAAAACCUUCCGGGAUCUCUCUCUUUUGCGGUUAGCGGGGACAGCCUGAACAGUAUUCGUACAGAAGCCGGCAACGACUAGGACCAAAGGCGGGUCCUUGCGCACCCCUGCUUCCCGAAAAGGAUGGCCCAUUUCUCAGGAGAGGACGAGGUGAUGCUGCAGGCGAUGCUGAGGCAGCUGUUCCUGAGCGUGAAGGAGAAGAUCACGGGUGCCCCCUCUCUGGAGUGCGCCGAGGAAAUCCUCUUACAUCUGGAGGAAACUGAUGAAAAUUUUCACAACUAUGAAUUUGUGAAAUAUCUUCGGCAGCAUAUAUGUAACACUUUGGGGUCUAUGAUUGAAGAAGAAAUGGAAAAAUGGACAUCUGAUCAGAAUCAGGAUGAGGAAUCUGGCUAUGACACAGCUGUACAGCAUGUUACUAAAAGGAUUCAGGAAUCUAAAGAAUACAAAGAAAUGAUGCAUUCCCUGAAGAAUAUCAUGAUGGUAGUGGUGGAAUCUAUGAUUAACAAGUUUGAAGAAGAUGAGAUGCGAAGUCAAGAGAGGCAGAAAAAAAUCCAGAAGGAGAAAAGCAACAGUUACUGCACAGAUAAUUGCUCUGAUAGUGAUUCGUCAUUCAAUCAGAGUUACAAAUUUUGUCAAGGAAAAUUGCAAUUGAUUUUAGACCAGUUGGAUCCAGGGCAACCUAAAGAGGUGAGAUAUGAAGCCUUGCAAACAUUAUGUUCAGCUCCACCAUCUGAUGUUUUGAACUGUGAAAAUUGGACGACUCUUUGUGAAAAACUGACAGUGUGUCUUUCAGAUCCUGAUCCUGUGUUUAGUGACCGGAUUUUAAAAUUCUAUGCACAGACAUUUACUCUUUCACCAUUACAUAUGACCAAGGAGAUUUAUACAAGCCUAGCUAAAUAUUUGAAGUUAUACUUUCUUUCUAGAGACAAUCAUAUCCCUACUCUCUCAACUGGUAUAGAUACAAGUAAUCCUAAUGUGAUCUGCUUACUUAAAAAGGUUCGUCUUCUAAAUGAAUAUCAGAAAGAGGCUCCAUCUUUCUGGAUUCGUCACCCAGAAAAGUAUAUGGAAGAAAUUGUGGAAAAUACUUUGUCCUUAUUAUCAGUUAAACAUGAUCAGAGCCAUCUUGUAACACAAAAGAUUUUGGAUCCAAUUUACUUUUUUGCAUUGGUUGAUACCAAGGCUGUGUGGUUCAAAAAGUGGAUGCAUGCAUAUUAUAGCAGAACUACAGUACUGAGACUUCUAGAAAAGAAAUAUAAAUCCCUGAUAACUACAGCAGUUCAGCAGUGUGUUCAGUACUUUGAGUUGUGUGAAGCCGUGAAAGCUGAUGAGAUUUUGGGUCAUUCAAAGCAUUGUGGGAAUAAACAGAAAACCUUCUACUACUCAGGACGAGAAUUACAAUAUAUUUAUUUCAUUCACUCACUAUGCCUUUUAGGAAGGUUAUUGAUCUAUACACAAGGCAGACAGCUAUUUCCCAUAAAGCUGAAGAAUAGAAAAGAUUUAGUAUCCCUUACAGAUCUUCUGGUUCUGUUCACCCAACUUAUCUAUUACUCACCAAGUUGUCCAAAGAUGACAUCAGCUGCACAUUUAGAUAAUUACUCUCCUACAAGUAUGGUGACUGAAGUUCUUCGGAUACUGUGUGAUCAAAAAGAAUGUGCAAUCGAAUGCUUAUAUAAUAACACUGUGAUUGAGGCACUUCUUCAGCCUAUUCAUAAUUUAAUGAAAGGAACUAAGGCUGCUCCAAAUUGCUCUGAAACAGCUUUAAUUCAUAUAGCUGAUAUUUUGGCAAGAAUUGCAUCUGUAGAAGAAGGACUUACCUUACUACUUUAUGGAGAAAACAUGAAUUCCUCUGAAGAAAAAAGCCCUACAGGUGCUCAUAUAAUUGCCCAAUUUUCGAAAAAACUUCUUGAUGAAGAUAUUUCUAUUUUUUCUGGAUCGGAAAUGUUGCCUGUGGUUAAAGGAGCUUUCAUUUCUGUGUGUCGUCAAAUAUAUGGUACAUGUGAAGGGUUACAAGUGUUAAUUCCUUAUUGUUUGCAUGAGUCUAUAGCAAAGGCAUGGAAGAAGGCAAGUUUGCUAUCAGAAAGAAUUCCUACUCCAGUAAAGGGUUUGGAUUCUGUUUCUUCGGUAAACCAGGAAUCCCAAAACAUUAUGGCUUGGGAAGAGAAUUUGUUAGAUGAUUUACUAAAUUUUGCUGCCACUCCCAAAGGACUACUCUUUCUUCAAAGAACAGGUGCCAUCAAUGAAUGUGUGACAUUUAUGUUCAACCGAUAUGCAAAAAAAUUACAGAUCAGCAGGCAUAAAAAGUUUGGCUAUGGAGUUUUGGUAACACAAGUGGCAUCCACAGCAGCAGGUGCAGUAGCACUACAAAGUUCAGGAUUUAUUAAUGCACUUAUGACUGAAUUAUGGGCCAAUCUGGAAUGUGGAAGAGAUGAUGUUAGAGUAACCCAUCCUAGAUCUACUCCAGUGGAUCCUAUUGACCGGAGCUGUCAAAAGUCUUUUUUAGGAUUGGUGAACUUGUUACCUUAUCCUGCUGUUUAUGAGCUGGUAGGCAAUCAAGAUCUUCCUAAUAAAGCAGAAUAUUCUCUUCGUGAAGUCCCAACGUGUGUUAUUGAUAUUAUAGAUAGACUUAUAAUUUUGAAUUCAGAAGCUAAGAUUCGUUCUUUAUUCAACUAUGAACAAUCACACAUCUUUGGACUCAGGUUAUUAAGUGUGGUAUGCUGUGAUCUAGACACUCUUCUUCUACUAGAGGUUCAGUAUCAAGUAUCUGAAGUGUUACUAAAUGCUCAAGAAGAAAAUAUCUUAGAGACCUCUGAAAGUCACAGGAAUUUCAUAAUUGAUGGCUUAUCAGUAGAGAGAAAUCAUGUUCUUGUUAGAAUAAAUUUUAUUGGUGGGCCCAUGGAACGAAUUUUGCCUCCAAGGGUACUAGAGAAGGAUGAUGAUCCAUAUCCUUGGCCCAUGUUUUCUUCAUAUCCUGUACCAGACUGCUAUCUCUCAGAAGUUACGAGAAAUGCUGAUCUAAAACAAGACAAUGAUCUUGCCAAACUUCUGUUAUGCUUCAAAAUGUCUGAUAAACAAACUGAGUGGAUAGAAAACUGCCGAAGACAAUUUUGCAAAAUGAUGAAGGCCAGACCUGAUAUAAUCAGUGGAAGUACUUUACAGGAAUUGCUUGAAAAAUUUGUGCUUCAUCUCUCCGAAAACCUCUCUGAAUGCUACUUCCCCUCAGUGGAAUAUACAGCUACUGAUGCAAAUGUGAAGAACGAAUGUCUUUCAUCUGUGCAGCAGCUUGGCAUUAAAAUGACUGUCAGAUAUGGCAAGUUCCUCAACCUGUUAAAAGACAGCGCAGAAAAUGAUCUUACCUUGGUUUUAAAGCACUGUGAGAGAUUCCUAAAACAGCAGCAAGUGCCCAUAAAAUCUUCUCUUCUCUGCCUUCAGGGGACUUACGCUGGCCAUGACUGGUUUGUAUCCUCUUUGUUCAUGAUAAUGUUGGGGGACAAAGAAAAAACACUCAGAUUUCUUCACCAGUUCUCCAGGCUUCUGACCUCUGCUUUCCUUUGGUUGCCAAGACUUCAUAUUUCUAGGUAUCUAGCUACUGACACUAUAGAAUCUGGCAUCCAUCCAGUAUAUUUUUGCAGUACUCACUACAUUGAAAUGCUUCUGAAGGUGGAGGUGCCACUUGUGUUUUCAGCUUUUCACAUGUCUGGUUUCGCACCAUCCCAGAUUUGCCUACAAUGGAUAACUCAGUGUUUUUGGAAUUAUUUGGAUUGGAUAGAAAUCUGCCAUUAUAUUGCCACUUGUGUUUUCCUUGGUCCUGAUUAUCAAGUGUAUAUCUGUAUAGCUAUAUUCAAACAUCUGCAGCAAGACAUUCUGCAGCACACUCAGACUCAAGAUCUGCAAGUUUUCCUGAAAGAGGAAGCACUGCAUGGUUUUCGAGUGAGUGAUUACUUUGAAUACAUGGAGAUUUUGGAACAAAACUACCGAACAGUAGUGCUGAGAGACAUGCGGAACAUUAGAGUGCAGAGCACAUAGAUGGUGGAGUGCACGGUUUAAUGUCAUGUUUUAUUUAUUUGUAAAGAAAACAGGGGGACUUGAUUGUCUUCUGUGUCUAAAACAACAUAUGCUUUGUGAAUACCCAUAUUGUGAAUCAAUACUAGGACUCUUUCAAUAUAAUAAUAAAUAUUUGAUUAGGAAUUAGCUCAAUUUGUGACAUGAAGUAAAUUCAUUUUUGUUAAGUUCGUUGUUUUCUGAGGCUGUUUUAGAAUCAGAUCUAAUUUACUUAUAGUUCUUUACGUUUAAGAGCUGGUCCCAACUGACAUCUCUUUCGUUACCAGAAGAUUAAAAUAUUUUUUUCUAAAUGGUUUUGAAAGAAGCAUCAACAUUAUAAAUAAUUGUUUGACUAGCCAGAGAGAGAGUCCAUACAAACAAGGAAGACAUUUUCUUCAUGUUUUGUCUGCACCUAUAAAGGAAAAUAGACAAAGCCACAAUUACUAAUUUUACAUGUGGAGGAAAUAAAUUAUAUUUAUCAUAGCAAAUGCUAAGAAAACUAUUGUUCUCAGACAUAAUUGUUUUUCUAGGAAUUGUUUUUGAUAGCUAUAUCAAAUUAUAAUUUUUCAUGUGAAAUGUAGGCUCUACAUGGUUCAUUUAGAAGGUAGAUUGGUUAUUUCAUACUGAUAAGCAUUUGGCUUUUCAUUUGUUAUGCAUUUUUCUUAGUGAUAAAUUUUAUUUGUACUGAACUUUUUAAAAACAUUAAGGAGAAUAACUUCUAAAUUAUUUUAAAUGAGUAACACAAUGUUUUAUUUAAACAGAAAGCUUUCCUCCAGUGAGAUUAAUACAAUUUGCUAAAGUCUGUUUUCUUAUAACUGUCACAUUUAAUAUAUGAAAAAUAAUACACAAAAAUAUUUUUCAGUUAGCAAUUUUAACAAAUUUUUUUAACUUAUGUGUGGUAGUCAUUUUGUAUGCAUUACUUAUAUUUAAAUAUAAAUCAACCAAUAAAACCAUUUUGAAGCCUUUUUUUCUAAAACCAAAAAUAGCUCAUCCACAAACUCAUUUUUCCUUUCAAUAUCAUGAAACAACUGGCACCAUACAGUUUUCAGCGGUGUGAUAUUUAGGCUAUUGUAAUAUCAACCUUCCAAAAUUGGGUUUUAUGCUGUUAAUGCUAACAGUAGCUGGUCAGUAAUGGUGUUCGUAAAGGGCAUUGAAAAAGUUGAGAAAAGCAAAUUGAGCAAGUUAAUUUGACAUAUUGCUCCCUUUAGCUCUGGUUGAUAGAGUUAAGUAAGAGAGUCCUAGGUUAAUCAAAAUACCAAGCUUUUGUCUACUUUCAAACUUAAUUUUGGAAAGCUGUAAUACAUGUUUAUGGUUUCAUUUCUUCCCAUUCUGUUCCUGAGUUACUGUUAUUGAUACUAAGAAAUUGCAGCUUUAUUUCCUUUUUAAAAGCUCUUACAUGGUAAUUGGAAAUAUAGAUGGAGAAGGAACUAUCUUAGUUUUAUAAUAUUCAUUGGUGAUUUUGAUUGAAAACUGAAGUAAGAUCUAGAUAAUAACAGUUACAUUUUGGAAAAGUGAAUUCAGCUGAAGCCAGAAGGUGUUUGUGUUCAUUUGUUAAAUAAAUGUCUUAUGAACAAUGACCUAGCGAUUUGGUGAAAUAAAAUGUAAAAUAUGAUCAUUUACGUAGCUAGCAUUGUAAAUUAUUUUUGUACCUAUUAUUCUAGGAAUACUAUUUAGAAUAGAAAUAAACACAACCCUGCCUUGACUUUCAGUUUUGUUUUAAUUAUUUAAAGUAUAAGUCCUUAGGACAGACUUUAUUUCUAUUUUAUGAAUGGGUACCUCAUACAUUUUACAGGAUUCAUUAUGAGAAACUAUAUUUUAUGGUAACAGUGUAAACAAAUGUGAAAACAGUAUAAACAAAAGGGAAAAUGUAAGCACUCGUAUAUAAAUCUUUGAAUACCUGUUUUCAGAAUUUCAUCUCUGUAGUUAUGCCUCCUCAAAAUGCAUAGGCAUCUAAGGAAUCUGUGAAGGUAAAGUAAAUCUCAGAAAUUAAUCUAACUUUAAUAGAAUUCUAACUAAAUCUAUGAUUAUUAAAUUAUGGCAUGUUCUAGUUUGAUUUUCCAAUUCAAGAUGUUAAAGAAAUUUCUUUGGUUGUUCAUUUAGCAGACAUGUUUUGAGGGUUGCACGUGUAAUAUUUUUAAUAUCCAAGAUAGGAAAAAUAACAGCACUUAACAGCACUACUACUCACUGAGUCCAUAGUCCUCAUGGAGACAUGAAUAAUUUUAAACUGUGAGAACAUAGUUUUAAAGAUCACAAGAAUUUAUCUCUGGAUUUGGUGGCUUUGAUGAGAACACUUUUGAUGAAGUAGUGAAGUUUGUUUGGAGCAGGGUUAAUUGAUGCUGAGAGGAAAGACUGGAGACCGAUCCUUCUAGGAGCAUUGCUGAACAGAGAAAGAGAAUAUGGGUCGUAGCUAGAGGAGGCGUGGGGUCAAAGACUUUUUUAAGAUGGAGAAUGGAAGCAUGUUUUUAUGUGAGUGGAAAUGAUGCAGUAAAGAAAGGAAAACAUGCUGAAGAGAAAAAUGCUGGAGUGAAUGUCAUGAGGCUCAUGACCGUAGGAGUGAAAACUGCAACAGCCAUUUUGGAAGUUUGAGUUUUGUUUUGUUUUUUUCUUUUUCAAAUUAAGUUAAAUGCACACUUCGCUGUGUGACUCAGCAAUAUUCUUUGUAAGCAUUUCCCCUAAAGAAAUGAAAGAUAUCUCCAUACAGAGGCAUGCAUGAAUAAUACAGCUUUAUUCAUCAUAGUCCCAAACUGGAAACAACCCAACUGGUGAAUAGAUAAACAAAUGUAGUUCAUUCCAUAAAAUGGAAUACAUCUCAGCAUUAAAAAGUACCACCUACUGAUGCACACAAAAGUAUACAUAGGAUUCCAUUUACAUGAUGUUCUAAAAAAGGUAUAUCUAUGUGACAGAAGGUUAUUGAUUUCCAGGGCCUAGGCUGGGGUUGGGUGUGAAGAAAAGGGAUUUACUACAUAGAGGCAGAGGGGACAUUUAUGUCAUAAUUGUAAUUAUGGCUACAUGACUAUAUUUUUAAAAGUACUUUGAAUUGUGUGCUUUAAAUGAGUGUAUUUUAAGUUUCACCUCAAUAAAGCUGAUUAUCAAAAGAUAAAUACUGCAAAGAAAAAUUGAUAAAUCUGUUGUAAUGGAAGUGUCUUAACAUCAGCAAUUAUGUUAGCCAUAGGUUACUUGUGGAUGCAUUAAACAAGUUGAGGAAAAUCCUUUCUAUUUCUAUUUUGGUGAGAGUUUCAGGAAUAGAAUUUGUUUGGAAAUGAUUUUUAUCGAAUACUUUAUGUGAAAGUAAUCUUUGCAUGAGUUUCAUCUUUAUUUGGUCUGUUGAUAUGGUAACUUCCCAAUAUUGCUAAUACCAAACAAAUCAUGCAUUCCUAAGAUUAACUCUACUUGGUCAUAAUAUUUUAUCAUUUUUACAUAUUGUCAGACUUGAUUUGUUAAAAUUUUAUUAGGGAUUUUUAUGUUCAUAAGGGAUAUUGAUCUGUAUUCUUUUUCUGAUUUUGGUAUCAUGAUAAUGCUGGCUUCAUAAAAUGAGAAGUGUUCAUCUGUUUUCUAGAAGUUUAUAUGAAAUGGUAUUAUAGUCUAGAAGUUUGUUUAAAAGGUAUUGUAUUUUUUCCUUCAAUGUUUGAUAGAAUUUCCCAGUGAGGCCUGGAAUUUUCUUUGUGAUAAGAAUAAAAAUUUUUUUUAAAUUU